UACUCAACCUCGUGGCAUCCUGCACGUGUCAUUUGUCUGCCUCCAUGGAGGAUCUCUGUCUGUGGCACUUCUUUUGUGUCCCUGCCCCAGUGAUGAAGACGGGGGAGAGCGGGCUGACAGUGUUCCGGCUGCUGACCAAGAGGGGCAGCUGGCUGUGGGUGCAGGCCAACGCACGGCUGGUGUACAAAGGGGACAGGCCCGACUGCAUCAUCGCCCGCCAGCGAGCUCUGUCGAAUGAAGAAGGGGAGGAGCAUCUCCAGAAGAGAAACCUGCAGCUACCUUUCAGCUUUGCCACAGGGGAAGCAGUCUUGUAUGGGAAUGACCUUCCUGGGUUCUUGGACUCAUUCCAAGCCAAGGCAGAGUCACAGGUGCAAGCAAACUCCAACUCAAAGCAGCGCUUGGUAGACCCCAACUCUCUCCUUGGGGCCAUGAUGAAGCAGGAUGCAUCCAUAUACAAUUCCCACGUGGAUAACGUGCCUCAGUUCUCCCUGCCAGGUUUCAUCCCUGAGCCUGAUGGGCUGACCCGGAAUGAAGACGUCAGGAGUGCCAAGGAUGAGAGUGACUCCCUCCUGGUUGUCAUUGAAACCCUCUUUGAGAAGAGUGAGGUGGAUGGAAACGUCUGCCAGAGCCUAAACGCAGGCAGCACCACGGAGCUGCCGCAGUGGGAGGAGGCUCUGCUCAGCCUGGGGGCAGAGGAGGAGCCACCAGCUCAGGGGCUUAGCCAGAGGCAGGGCACCAAGGUGACAUCCUGUGUGGAGCAGAUGCUCCUCAGGAAGGGUGCUCGAAAGAGCCUGGACUUCCCACACUGCCAUGAGGAAAACAAUGCUGUGGCUCACUUCCAGCACUGCUGGGCAGCUGGUUCAGCACAGCCUCAGGCAGCAGGCACAUGGGGAGGCCAGGGGGCUGUGGGCUCUGUGGGCUCCGUUCCCUCUGAGGGCAGCUUUCCCCAGGCAGAGCAGCAGGUCCCGUUUCACCCAGCCGGGCCGGUGGCAGGGACUGUCCUGGGUGUUCCCAUCUCCAGCAGCAAAUCCUCUGCAGCACUUCAGCUGGCAAACCAGGCAUUUCAGGCAGAAGCCACCCUCUCUGCUCCUGUAGAUAGUAACACUCUUCCUGCUGCUCAGAGCCAGCCUGGGUGCCAGCUGGUGGGCUCACCCCUGGUGCACUCAAACACGUUGGGGACUCUGUGGCACAAUGUCCCCCUCCAGGCAAACCCAGCCAGUUGCCCAUCGGAGGCUUCGCUGGCCAUAGCUCCAAAACAGCUGGAAGCAGCAGGAGCAUACACGGAGUCCCAGGCUCUGCCAGGUGGCAGUCCUGAGAAUCCCCCGGGGGCUGGGCUGUGGUUGCCACCCCCCUCCCAGUCUUUUCCUUGCCCUACCCAGGGCUUGCAUGAGUCCCUGUUCUCUGGGGAUGGGGAGCUCUGUGAUGUGGAGGUUGCUCUCCCUGCACCCUUAGGAGCCAGGCAGCUGCCAGGGCAUGGCGGCUUCCCCAAACAGCCCCUGGUAGCCCAUGCAGAGCCCAGCUUUUCCUGGGAGGGGGAGCAGGCAGUGCUCCGAGAGGACAAGUGGUUCUCACAGCUGUGGCUCCCGCAGACUGGGGCAGCUCCUCUGAGGAGCCAUGGGGCAGGGCCAGUGCACCACAGUGGGCUCCAGCUUGGCUCCAGCACGGAUCUCAGUGCCCACCAGAUGGACUGCUUUGUGCUGUCCGAGUGUCAGUAUGGAAACGGCCUUUUUAGGCAUGAGAGCACCUUCCUGAGGGAUGCUGCUAAAACGCCCCUUCCUCAGCAGCCAGGCGCUUUGUCUUGCCCCGCCGAGAACCACCCUGGAGCACCCUGCUCCUCACCAGGCUCAGUUCCAAGGUGCUCAGCAGCUCUCCCUGAGAAGGUGGGUGCAGGAGCACUCCCAUGCUCUGGGCAGGGCUCUGGCUGCCCAUCAGUUCCCUUCUCAGCUGGGCAGCCCCUCUGUCUGUGAGAUCCAGCUCAAGGUGAGGUGUGAGGGCUGCAGGACCUGAGGGUGCGUGGCUCCUGUGGAGGGAGCAAGGGCUCUGCUAGGGGUGCAGCCGCACCAUCCUUUGUGGGCAGCCUGGUUUGGAGCUCACUGUGAACCAGGAGCCCUAUCUUGGAAAGCCACCAGCAGCUGUGAGCUCUUCUCAUACCUGCCAGUGGUGCCCUGUGCUACCUGGUAUCUCAGGAUUUUGUCUUCCAAUGCUGUCAGGCAGAUAGAGUGGUUUGGACUUUUUGUUCCAUGAGAAGUCUUUCAGGGAGAUGCAGCUGUGCCACUGGGGAGGCCUGUGGGCUCCUGGUGUCCAAGGAAAGUCAUUGCUUGAUGGCACAUCCAUGUGCUUGGGGCAGCCUCUUGUAGAUGGAGGUGCUGCCUCACAGGCAGGUAGCACUGAACUGCUGUUUCUCAACAAAACAGCAUGGUCUCUCCAUCUCCAUCUGGGCUGGACCACCCUUGUCAUGCUGCUGUUUAGUCCCCUGCAUCAUCUCUGCCAGCCUGAGCCUCUUUUCCUCCUGUGCUCUCCCAUCUCCUCCAGAGACCAUCCAAAUCCUUUGGAAAAGAUGUUACCAAGUACUUCAAGAAGCUCAGCAGCAUUGAAGGGUCUCAGUGGGAGGUGGAGUUGGUGGGAAUGGAGGCAUCUUGGGGAUUUGGGCUCUCCAGCAGCCUUCCAGGGGAAUUUGGGAGAGGUGGAUACCAGGCCAUUGUAACCUUUCUGGAAUGCAGGGUGGGGAAGGUCCAGACAAGCUCCCCUUAGGUUUGUCACUGGCUUGUCCUUGUCACCCUCUUCUGUGCUCCAUAGUGCUGUGGGACAGAGAAGGGUGGGGGUUCCCCUGUGGUUUUGCCAAAGCAGUGAGAAGGAAAGGCAGGGAGGGAUGCAGUGACCACUGGCUGCCUGUCCACUCCAGACCCACCUGGUGCCCCUCAAACCAUUUUUCUGCAGCCCAGAACAACCACUUUGAUGAAUUCUUUUCCUUUUCUACAUAUGUAACCUAAGAUGUGAAUGAAUUGUUUUUUCCCCACCAUGAGUGCAAAGUCCUGGGAUCCAUCAGGGAAACCCACAAAAAAAGCAAUGAUUGGGGAGGGCGGGGAUGAUUUGAGACCACAAUGACCUUCCCCUCAUGCACCCAUCACCCUGAGAUCCCAUCUGCCUCACGAACCAGUGUUAAGCAUUUACAGAUCAAAUUAAAUCAGGUAAUUGGCGCAGGGCCAGCAGCAGCCCUCUCCAGCAGCCCACAUGUCCUGGUGGAGAGUAGCCUCAUCUCCCUGAGUCUCUUCCUUCAUGCCCAGCUUUGCCUCUGCUCAUGGGGCCUGGGAAAGGUCAAGCUCCUCUCUGCAGGCUGGGAGCAGAGCAAUGCUGAAACGUGCUGGACCGCUCUGAGGUGACUUCGAGGAGCACCUUGGCCGGGCAAGGAGUUGACUGGCCAUGAUCCAGAUCCAAAAAGCAGCAGGAUGGACUCUGCUCACCAGCCUCUGUUGCUCUGGCACCUGUGAGAUGGUGCUGGGGGCAUACCAGGGGCUCCCAGUGCUGCAAGAGAUGGGCCUUGGGGUGGGGGCACUCCUGCCUAGGGCCAUGACAGACCCCCCCCGUGCCCUGUCACUGGUGUCUGAUCUCUCUGUACCUCAUGGCUGUACAGAUAAAGUCUGUUCUGGUGGCAGCAUCUUGUUUUCUGCUCUGUGAUUUCCUCGUGCUGCUGGUGGCAGCCGGAAGGUACUGAGGCGAAAAGAGCUGUCCAGAGCCUCAUCCCUGUGUUUGGAUUAAAGGGCAAUUUGCUUU